GGCAUCUCUUAUUGAAGCUAGUUGCGUGCGUCUUUCGCUUAGAAUUGUCUGCAGUUCUGGGAGAUCUUCGCUUCUGCUAACCAUCGGCAAAGAAGUGAGUGGAAAGUUAAGAAAAAGUUUGGUUCUGGCAACAAAUUAACUAUUUCGUUAGCAGGUAGGACUUGUUUCGAUCAGUAGAAAACUACUACCUGUUGGGAUAACAAGGUAGGAACAUCCAACUCAGUUUCUGCCUGUCAUAGAACUGUUAAGACAAUCCCAGGUUCAGAACGGUUUUUGGUGUUUGGACUUCAGUAUGGAGGAUAUAUUUCAUGCACGUAAAAAUUUGGAGGAACCACCUACUUCUGCUAUCAUGUUAGAAAGCUGCCAUUUCUCUCAGGUCAUCUUUGCAAACAUAAAGAAAUUCUAUGUUCCUGGAACAGAUGUAACUUGCUAUUAUAACAUUUCCCAGUACUUCAUACCUAGCAAGAAGGAUUGGGUGGGCAUAUUUAAAGUGGGAUGGAAGACAACUCGUGAAUACUACACAUUCAUGUGGGCUCCUGAGUUCAGUGAUUCUGAGAACAGCUAUGAUGAACAACAGCAAGUGCUUUUUAAAGCCUACUAUCUGCCAAAGGAUGAUGAGUAUUAUCAGUUUUGCUAUGUUGAUCAAGAUGGGCAAAUCCAUGGGGCCAGUAUCCCCUUUCAAUUCCGUACUGAGCCUAAGGAUGACAUGCUGGUAGUUACUAAAGAGGGGGAAGUGGAGAAAAUACAGCAGCAAAAUGAAACAUUGCUUCAAGAAAACCAGAACCUGAAGAAGAACCUAGCAAGUCUCCAGGAGCAGAAUGUGCAUUUACAAGACGAACUUGUGGCAGCUAAGGCUCUUCAAGAUAAAGUGAACACUUUAGAGGACAAAUGUGAGAAACUUGAAUCCCAAAACAAAGAUCUGGAAAAGGAGAAGUGUGCCAUAAAGGAAGACCUGAUGCAGAUCAAAGAAGAGAAAGAAUCUGUAUUAUCUGAGAAAGAACAGAUGGAAAACCUACUGAAAACCACUUUGCAUCAAAAAGAAGAAUUUCAAUUACAAGUGCACAUGCAACAGAAGGAGAUGGACAACCUGCAGGAUUGCAUUAAAGAUAAAGUAAUGGACCUGGAAGAAUUGAAGGGAGAGAAUUAUCAAUUAAAUGCUGCCUUGUUUAGACAGAAAAUGUUGAACAACCUUCAGGAAGAACAAACACUUGCACUUCAAAUCCUGAAGAAGCAAAAAGAUGACCUCGAGCAAGAAAAUCAGAAAUUAUGGCAAGAAAAUGAGCUGUUGAGGGCACGCCUCCCUGCAAUACGCAGUUCAUCUGCUGGACUCCUAUCCCGGUCACCACCUAACUCUGAGCUUUUGUUUGGAAAUUCAUAUUCUGCACCACCAGAAAUGGACCUGGUCUCUCUGAAAAAGUGUCCCAUAUGCCAGGAAGUCUUCCCUAAUAACAUUGAACAACAACAAUAUUCGGAUCAUGUGCAAAAUCACAUUCUCGACUGUCCGUAUUGCAAUAAAACCUUUGACAGCUCUGACAAGCAAGUGUAUGAUGACCAUGUCUUUUGCCAUCACUUAGAGGAGGCUUAAACCUGCUUGCAUCAUCUAAGAUAUUACACUAAUGCCUUUUUUCCUUUCCUUUUCUCUCCUUUGUGUGAUCUGGCAGGGAUAGAUACUUAAUAUGCUAAAAUUGACAAAGCAGGUUGAAGUCUGUUGUUGAGCCUGAGGUACUGAUUACUUUAAGUUUCUUGUGAUACAUGUGUUAAAUUAAAUAAUACAUUAUGCUUUUGCUUUGGAAGCAGAAUUUCCCAUAUUUAAAUCUUAUAUUUAAAAAUAAGAAUGCUUUCCCCCCCACCCUAAAUCUUCCAUGAAUAAUGGAUCAUGUUCAUAAUAAGUAGAGAUUUCUAGCUCUGCUAGGAAGAAUAUCUCUAGCACAUGGGCUCCAGUAUGAGUCUGAAAGUUUGAAAGACAAAACCUCUGGUGCCUCUGUACGACCCAGAUUGGAUCCUACAAUAUUAUCCUGGGACACGUAUAUUCACCUUCAUUCGUGAUUUCUAGUUCUGCCUAUAGUAAAGAAUAAAAUUUGCACUUUUGCUUGCGUUGCUUCUGUUUUAUGCCUGUUUAGGCAAAGCAACAAUUAUUCUUCCCAGUUUAAAAAAAUGUUCCAUGUCUGGGGUCAGGGAGCUCACUAUCAAUCAGAAAAAUUUCUGAAGACUGAACCCAAUUUUUUUUAAUGUUAUUGAGAUUGAUAAAGGCACUGACAAGUUUUUACCAGUCUUGUCAUUGUAUAAAAAGAAUUAAACAAAAAAGGCCCUUUCUUAAUAAAACAAAAUAGUAAUACUUUUUAGGGCUUUAGAGUCAGUUUAUUGAAUCCUUCAGAUUGAACUGCAGUAUCAUACCUGAAGCAUUAAGGAGUUGCAACUAUCUUAUAACCAGAAUCUCUUCAUGAUAAUGGAGAAAUGUGCUGCUUUGUUGAAUUUUCUCUCUCUCUAUGACUACAUUGUCAAAAGGCCACACUUAUUAUAUAAUUAAGAAUACUGUAUUAGAAUAGAAUACAUGCAUGGAAUUCUUUUUCUUGAGAAAUCACAAUAUUAUUUUUUAGUUUGACUAUGCACUUUCUACUUUUUAAGACUGAAUGUUGUAAUAGAAAAAAGCUGCUUACAUACAAAAUAUUUUAGUAGCACUUUCUCUUUUAAGUUAUAUUGCUGCUUUUUUAAAAAAUUGGGGAAAUGUUUUCCAAUGCCGAAAACUUAAAAUUUAGAUCACUCUGCUAAACACCUUACUCUCACAGUGCUAUCUAAUAUCUAUGUAUAUUAACCUAUGUAGCAUGGCUGUAGUAUUAUUAUCCUUAUUAUUUUCUUUAUUCCCUCUUUUAUUUGCAUUAUUAUGAUUAUGAUUAUUUUGCUUUGCAUAUAUACUGAGUGCUUCUGUACCGGAGACAAAUUCCUUGUUUGUCUAAUCACAUUUGGCCAAAUAAAGCAAUCGGUUUAAUUCAAUUUAGAUAAUUAAAUAAGUGUUUGAUUAUCUUUUUCAAGUACUUAUUGAUUACUUAUUGAAAAUAUAUCAAAUUCUUUUCAGAAUGGAGAUACACGCCUAUGUGUAUCCAGUGAAUCCUAUAUAGUGAAUUCUAAAUAUCUACCCUCUACUAGUAAAGUUAGUUUUUGGUUCUAAACUGAGACCAUUUUACUACUUAAUAUGUUAACUCAGAUAAUUAAGCAUACCAGAAAAAAACAGGAUUAGGGUAGUUUCCAGAAAAUGCUCUGUUUGCACUCAGGAAUCAAUUAAAGAUCCUGUCUUAUCAGUUGCAAAAGUAGUUUCUUCCUUUAUAUUUUCUGUUUGUACUAUGUGCCAUCUGUUUCUUUUGAUGAAGUUCUGUAGCUUCCUUGCAAGUUUACUUUGGCUCUCUUCACACUUGGCUGCUUUUACCAAAAUAAAGUUAUUAUCUGGAUACUCUCUAA